AUGUAUCGCCCAGUUGCACCCGAGAACCGAAAGACCAAGGCCUGGACCGAGGCCGAGACCAUUCGCCUUCUCCUGGUCGUGAUGCAGGCCGACAACCCCGAGCUCAACAUGAAGGGCUGGGACGGUAUUGUCGCUAGAGCUAACGCGACCGGCGGCACCAAGUACACGAAGGCCUCAGUCAAGCAGCAAUUCGCGAAGGUGCGAGACGCUCACUUGGCCACCUUCACUCCCGCUACCAUGGGCGCCGAGGAUAAGCCGGGAUUCAUCGAGAUUCCUGCCGCUGCCGCGAACGCCGUCGCGAACACUGUCGCGAAGUCUGCCUCCAAGAGAAAGCGCGCUGCUCCACGUGGAGCCAUUGACAAUGAGGACAACGAAGCCAAUGGCAACGAUGCUGCUGGCGCCGGUCCGGAGGGCGGUCCCAAGCGCGCUCGCAGUUCCAACGCCCGAGCCCCGGUUCGAGCCUCGGUUCGUGCCCCUGAGCAGGAGGACGACGCUUAA